AUGGUUUCUUGUGGGGUGCAGUGGGUGUUUGUUAUUGUUGUUGUUUACGCACUUUUCUUCAAUUAAUAGUAUCGUCUAGAGUGAAAAAUGUUACAAGGUGAAAAUUGCCUGGGGAAAUAGAGCACGGGCUUCUCAGGGUGGGAAGCUUGUGGUUUAAAUAGAAUGGUCGGAGUAGACCUCACUUUGACAAAUAACUAAGGGAUAUGAGGGUGUCAGCAGUCUAGGCAGAGAGGACAGCUAGUCCAAAGGACCCCCACCCCACCCCAGGGCUGCUGUAUUGGCAGAGCCACAAGGAGAGCAAUGAGGAAAAGGUGACAGCCGGAAACAGGACCAAAAGGUAGAGGGUGGGGCUUCGAAAAGCCGUUGCUCCAAACUAAGAGAGUAGACAAACCGGCUUGAGAGAGGCGUGACCAGGAACUGGCUGGGCUUCUCUUUAGGUUAUUUUACUGUAUGAGUGGUUUUGCCUGCAUGGAUGUCUGUGUGCACCGUGUGCAUGCCCGGUGGCCUCGGAGUUCGGAAGAGGGUGUCAGAUCCCCUGAUCUCCAUGUGAGUCCAGACACCGAACCCAUGUCCUCUGCAAGAGCAACAAGUGCUCUUAAGCACUGAGCCAUCUCUCCAGCCCACAGAGCUGAGUUUUCAAGGUUUGCCUUGGCUGCUGUGGAGAAAGUAACCUUAGCUGGAAGCAGGAAGUCACUGAGGGGCUUCUGUGAAUCAUCCAGACAAUAUGUGAUGAGCCCAGCCUCGCAGUGUGAUACAAGGGGUGAAGUCCGAAGGUAGAGAGCACAGGAUUUUGGGAAAAUUAUAUGUGAAGGACAAGGAAAAAAGUAGAAUGUACUGAGCAUUGGGCUGCAGCACAGAGAAGUAAGUUUGCCUGAGAUGUGGAAGACGGCAUUGUUCCGUUAGGGACCGGUUAUGAUUACCAUCAGUGUGAAGGCAUCCAGAAAUAGCAUAUGGCACAGGCCUAUGUUCCUUAAAUAAUUGAAUGAAUGAAUGAAUGAAUUUGGGGAGCGGGUGGGCGAAUAACCCCUUGGGUGUCAGAUAGAGGGGAGGGGACAGCCUCCUAACUUUUCGAGGGCUGAAAUCCCACCCAGCCUCCUCACUACCGGUUUUUGAGCAGUUAAGGGCCAGGUUUCUGGGCUGUCUCCUUUCGCCCUCAGUAGAAAUUCACUGCACCGCCACUUACUGAGAGCGAGCAGUACGGGCCACCCACCACCCGCGCCCUCUGGGGCGGAGCACAGAGGACACCAGUCAGACGCGCGCGUAGCCGAGCGCGCAGAGUCCUGCAGCCGAUUCCCACGGGGACGCGCCUCGGGAGCGCGCAGAACGCGAACUUAAGUGGGCGGAGCUUAUGGAGGCGGGGUUCUGGGGCAUAGAGGGAGGGCACGGCGUUGCUAGGGGAUUCUGAUUGGUUGCUCCGGAAGGGUUGCCCCGCGAUGCCCCGCCUCCGGGUCGCUAUAGGUACGAGUGGCAGCGACUGGGGGAUCUCCAAGGUGAGCGCACAGCGGACCGAGCGAGCAAGAGAGAAGUUCAACAUAUAAAGCCGAUUUGAGCAGAGAAGAUUCGGUUGGGUCCUGAGAGUUGAUUCCAAAGCAAUGUUGCAGAAGACAGUGCUCUUACUGGCCCUGGUGACCCAGGUGCUGAUGCUGGAGAAUGGGCUCCUGCGAACGCCACCCAUGGGCUGGCUGGCCUGGGAACGUUUCCGAUGUAACAUUGAUUGUGACCAGGACCCAAAGAACUGCAUCAGCGAACAGCUCUUCAUGGAGAUGGCUGACCGGCUGGCCCAGGAUGGAUGGCGGGACCUUGGUUAUGUAUACCUCAACAUCGAUGACUGCUGGAUUGGUGGGCGUGAUGCCAGCGGCCGCCUGAUACCUGAUCCCCAGCGCUUCCCUCAUGGCAUUGCCUUCCUGGCUGACUACGCUCAUUCCCUGGGUCUAAAGCUGGGCAUCUAUGAGGACAUGGGCAAAAUGACCUGCAUGGGUUACCCCGGCACCACUCUAGACAAAGUGGAGCUGGAUGCCGAAACCUUCGCCGAGUGGAAGGUGGACAUGCUGAAGCUGGAUGGCUGUUACUCCACAGACGCGGAGCGUGCAGAGGGGUAUCCCAAGAUGGCUGCUGCCCUGAACGCCACAGGCCGCCCCAUCGCCUUUUCUUGUAGCUGGCCAGCCUACGAAGGGGGCCUACCCCCCAAGGUGAACUACACUCUGAUGGCCAACAUCUGCAAUCUCUGGCGCAACUAUGAUGAUAUCCAGGACUCCUGGAAGAGCGUGGUCUCCAUUCUGGACUGGUUUGUGAAAUACCAGGACAUACUGCAGCCGGUGGCAGGUCCUGGACACUGGAAUGACCCAGACAUGCUGAUCAUCGGGAACUUCGGCCUCAGCUUUGAGGAAUCCCGGGCCCAGAUGGCCCUGUGGACAAUACUGGCAGCCCCCCUCUUCAUGUCCACGGACCUGCGUACCAUCUCCCCUCAGAACAUGGACAUUCUUCAGAAUCCACUCAUGAUCAAAAUCAAUCAGGACCCCUUAGGCAUCCCAGGACUCAGGAUCUUCAAGAGUGAAUCCCAAAUCGAAGUGUACAAGCGGCACCUGUCCAAUGAGGCCAGCGCCCUGGUCUUCUUCAGCCGCAGGACAGACAUGCCUUACCACUUCCGUUCCUCCCUCUUGGACCUGAAAUACCCCAGAUCCAGAGUAUAUGAGGGCCAGAACGUCUUCACAGGGGACAUCAUCAGUGGCCUCAAGAGUGAAAGCAGCUUCAGCGUGGUCAUCAAUCCUUCAGGGGUUGUGAUGUGGUACCUAUAUCCCAUCAAGAGUCAGGGGCUCUCUUCACGGAUGUCCCGGUUGUGAGGACCCAAGAAUGACAGGCUAUGGCAGCCCCACUGAGCCUGGACCAUGGAGCCUUGGCAUGCCAAGGACAUGGCAGGGUUCUGUCCUCCCCAGGCUGCUUGGCGACGUGACCCCCACCAUACCCAAAGUGCAUUCGCAGGGCCAGUUUCCAUGCCCUGCCAGAGCAGGGGCCCUCUUGGAAACUAAUCUUGGGGCGGUUUCCUGUGGCCUUCUGGCCUCUGUCUCCACAGCUCUGCAGAUAUUGCUGAACAACUUGGCCAGCCUCCUGAGCUCCCACAGGCAGGGUGCUGAUGCCCACGGGACUCUAGCCUCUGACUUUGCUGACUCAGAAAUCAGGAUUUGCAAUUUUUCGAAUUAAGGGUAGAGAGCUGACUCGGUGCCAGGAACUCUCACAAAUCAUGUGAUUGGCCUCUGGAGAAGGCCUUUACAAUUGACACCUUGGGGAGCGAGGGAUGGAUUGGAGACCUUAGCUCCCUUGGGUCACCAAUAAAGCUGUUUAUUUUUUAA